UAUCAAAGAGUCGUUUGUACUAUAAAAUCAUUAUCAAAAUGCAAUCAAAUGAAAAACGAGCACAACGGUAAUCUCUGAUUCCUGUACGCAUGUUAAUCAAAAUUGGAUACAAUAAUAUCAGACACGGCAAAUAUUUAAAUAUCACAAGUCAUUGAAUUCAUUGAGGAUUACGUAGUGGAGGGAAGAUUUAUCACCCGCGCCAACAUUCUUCCACAUUUCCAAUCAACUGCUUGGAGAAUUAUUUGGAUACAUGCGUAUAAAGCUGAAAACUUUGCCAUGCCACAAGCAACAAAUAUGAAAGUGUGGCGGGAGAAAGAGUUAUCGCCCGUGGGUCCUGGAACCGUGUUCAAUAGAGUGACAGAAAUCAGCGCUGCAACAAAAGAAAGAGCACUUCUUGCCAACAAAACAGAAAAUGCACGUUUGGAACGAAUACAGAGACUGAUUGAUAAAGAACACCGUUUUGUGAAUAAUCUACAAAACAAGGUUAUUCAAAGAACUUCCAAAACAUUGACGGAAAAAAGAGCAUUGCUUCAGCUCCUACAGAAGGAAUACAGGUUCGAUAAUUUUGUCACGAUGAAACAAGGAUUUAAUUCAAACCAAAUAGAAGAUAUCGAAACAGCGAGACAUUACGUCAUCGAGUCACGCGUGUUCAAUUCCGGAUUUAACUUAAAAUCGAUGAAACCAGAGGUGCACCGAAGAAUCCGGAAGUUAGAUCCUAAUCACAAAUACAAAACGUUUAAGAAAAGACUGUUAGCUGAUGUUAAAGUAAGGAACGUAGAAAUUAACAGAACAAUAUCUACUCCGACGUUUUACAAGAUGUUACACGAUCAUGAACACUGGCGAGAGUAUAAUCACCCUUCAUCAAAAGAAAAAAUGCAAGUUUCCCAUUUACCGGAAAUUACGUCAGCAGGGAAGCGGGAAGAUUUCAAGCCGGAAGUGGAGAAUAUCGACCAUAUUGCAGCAGAAGAGAAAGACACUUUUCCUGCCCCGGAUACUGAUGAAGGUGUAGAAAAACCAAAAGAGAAAUCAAUGGUACUCGAGAGACGAUUGGCUAGACCAAAACAAGAUGCACUUAGUAUGACAAUGCGAACUCUAGGACCUGUUUACUUUCAAACGACAGUUAGUACCGAACCUAGUGAAACUAGCUGAAACCUAGGUCGGUCACUAACCAGUUAUACAGCUAAAAAUUUGAAAAGGAGACUUAGUUAUAGCAUUAAUUAGCGAGAGAAAUGGUUAGCGUUCAACCAAUAAAACUAAUAAGUGAAGACGAUAAGUUUUUAUAAUUGUUUCAAAUGUAAAAUAAAAACACCCCGCAGAAAAAAAGAUUGUUAUCGCCAAUAUUUCAACAUUUAGUCUAAACAAGAACAUUUAAAUUCUUAAAUAAUAAUAAAAUCGAUGCUUGAUAUUGCAAAUGCAAUGCAGAAGGCCCCUCCUGAAAGUUAAUAUCCUCUGUUUAAGUGCUAUCACAACACGGUUUGAAUAAUAUCAUGAAACGUUUGCAUGUUUUCAAUGCAGCUAUAGCUUAACUAUAUGUUUAAUAGUGUUUGAAUGGCAGAACAUCUUUAAAAGUUUCAAACUGCAGAUUUCUUCACUAAACCGUGGAAAAUGGUUGGUUUAGGUUAUUAAAUCGCACAACACAUUACAGUUUAUAUGGCGCCUAACAGGACGAAAUAUUUUGGUUUCACAUCUCAUUUACAUCGAAAUGAAAAUAUGAGAUAUAUAAAAAAAUUAAUCAAAUGUGUGUUCAAUUUUUGUAAGUCAUCGCCUAAGACCACAGUUAUUUAAAUUCUUUUCAUACACAAGUUAUCCC